ACCCUCAAGAGAAGAACGAGCUUUUUACAUCUUUUAUAAAAAUAGCAACGACGAAGCGAUCCGCGACACUACCGCGACACACUCUACAUCGUCAUUCCGACGUAUGCGAUACAUGGGUAUGCUGAUAAAUGUCUGGGAUAAUAAAAAGGCACCUCUUUUCGUCCCCAUCCCACCGUCCGACUGCCACAUCACAUGAACGAGAUUACUUGACGAGCAUGAAAGUGACGACAAUGCAGUUUGUGGAAGUGUUACCGUGUGUCUGUGUUGGGAUGGGGUUUGUCGCUGUUGAAAAGGCCGCAAGGUUUUUUUUGGCGGAGGAUAAGGUUAAUGAGAUUUUCGGGCCUUUUAUGCCACUGUUGGAGGAAGUGAGCGCUGUUGUUCAAGAGGAGGCAGAGCAAGAGGGAGAUGGGCAGCAAGUGGAUACACCUGUUGUUGUUGAACCGGUGUCGAGUCCUGUGGAGACGUGGAUACAGCGGGUCAAGAAUGCAGCGAUCGGUGUACGGACAGAGUUGCAACAGACCGCGACGGGGAUCGUCCAUUUCUUUGUGUGGAGACCUUAUUUAUUUGUCAGGAACAAGUACUUUGAGAGUAUUACCUGGGCCCGGCUGAUCAAGGAUCGGCAUAGACUUCGUGCAGAAAAUACCCGACUUCGCCGCACCAUUCGCCAACUCAACCUCCGUCUCAACCUCUCUAGACGCCGCCAAAGAGCCGCACACGAAGCCUGGACUCUCCUCCGCGACGACCUCAAAAACGAGCACAGAACCCGCGUCCUCGCAGCCCAAUGUCACGCUGACUAUGUCCAAGUCAUUACACGCGAAUACGCAGCCGAACUCGACCGAAUGGAAACGGAUAAUGUCAACCUCCAACAAGAGAUUGCUCGAUUGAGGGGACAGUCUACCCCCGAGUUUCUCGAUUUGUAUGUGCAAGUGGAUACGGUCGUUCAAAACCGGGUGUACGAAAACAUUGAGGCUGAAUUGGAUGCGGUGGUUGAGAAGCGGGCGGCGUUGGCGGAGAUGGAUGAAGUUAUUCACUUGAAAUUGGAGGAAGCGUUACAGGAAACUAGUAUGAGCGAAGAGGAUGACGAUGAUGGACACACAGAGUCAUUAGAAGAACUCGCGGAUUUUAAAACAACGGCUACUAGCCGGCUUACUCAACUUUUAGUCUCAGACGCAACCGCCUCAGCCAUGGUCCUCCAACUCGAAGAUGCCGCCAUGAAAUGCACGCGCGAUGUAUCCUCCCGUGAAUCCCUCUCACUCAUUAUCGGCAUCGUGCUGGCUCACAUGGAGGAGUUGGGGUUGUAUGAGGAUUGGAGUCGAGUGGAUGCGGCUUUUGGCAAGUACCAAAAGCUGCUGUGCUACUAUAUUGACAGUGAUGCCGAUCAAGUGGCAUUUCUCGAGGGCGUCGAGACCUUUUGCACCCCACCCCCCAAACCCGCCCUAUUCCCCCGCCUCCUCCGCGUCAUUUACAAAUACGAAUUAGUGGAACCCACCGCCGUUGUAGAAUGGUACCGCCUCCCCAGUUCGUCACCAACCCACAACAUGAUACGGGCGUCUUGUGCCCAGUUUGUCGAGUGGCUACAAACCAAGGAGCGGGAAGAGGAUGAGGAGGAGGAUGAGGCUGUUGAGGCGGAUCCGGCUCUGUCGGUGGAGAGGUUGUGUCAAGGGGAUGAAGAAGUCGGAGUCAUAUUGGCGGACUGUAUGGAGGAAGAUGGGGAGGAUGAGGAGGAAGAGGUAUACCCAGAGAUUGAGUUUAGAUUUGAGGAUGAGGAGCGGGAGGGUGCGGGGGUCAAGAGUCCGAGGCGGGGGUCACUGGUGAGACGUGUCCCAGGGGAAGCUGUCACCACGGUCAAGAAACGGGUGUGCUUUAGUAAUGAGGUACACACCCUGUUGAUUGAUGAUCCCAUGUAGGGGAUGAGGGGGAGACAGUGUUUCUUUUGUGUAUAUAUUUUUUUGUUCAAGUA